UUGUUGUGUUCUCUAUUCGGAGACACCAAAGAGGGGAAGCAAAAAAAUUCCCAAAAUUAUAAAAUAUAAAAUAAAAUAAAAUAAAAUCCCCGAUUUCCAAUUUCCGAAGAAAGAAAAACCCUAACAACAACACUGCUCUGUUUUCUUCGUAUCCUCAGUUUUUAUUUUUCUUUCAUUUCACUUUUUUUUUUGUCUUCCUAUUAGUUUUCUUGUUGGGAAAGCAAAUGGCAGCGGCGGUUCCUGCGGCGGCGACAGAGACGACAGUGGCCGGGGGUCAAUUUUUGAAUUCAUCUCUGUACGUUGGUGAUCUUGAGGGGAAUGUGAAUGAGGGACAGCUCUAUGAUCUAUUCAACCAGGUGGCUCAGGUGGUUUCUAUUAGGGUUUGCAGGGAUCAGACAAGGCGAUCCUCUCUUGGUUACGCUUAUGUCAACUUUUCCAAUGCUCACGAUGCGGCUAACGCUAUGGAACAUCUGAACUUCACUCCUCUGAAUGGAAAACCCAUUCGUAUUAUGUAUUCUCAUCGAGAUCCUAGCCUUCGGAAAAGUGGAUAUGGAAAUGUGUUCAUCAAGAACCUGGACACAUUAAUAGAUAACAAGGCAUUGAAUGACACUUUUGCUGCCUUUGGAACUGUACUUUCUUGUAAGGUAGCUGUUGAUGGUAGUGGUCAAUCAAAAGGGUAUGGUUUUGUACAAUUUGACAAUGAUGAGUCUGCACAGAAUGCCAUCAAAAAGUUGAAUGGCAUGUUGAUCAAUGAUAAAAAGGUCUAUGUUGGACUCUUUGUUCCACGCCAGGAAAGGGCUCUAGUAAAUGGAUCACCAAAGUUCACUAAUGUGUAUGUGAAAAACUUCUCUGAAACUUAUACUGAUGAGGACCUUGGGCAGCUCUUUAGCCCCUGUGGUACAAUAACUAGUUCCGUGGUCAUGAAAGACAUGAAUGGGAAAUCUAGAUGUUUUGGUUUUGUGAAUUUCCAAAGUCCAGACUCAGCAGCUGCUGCAGUUGAGAAGUUAAACGGAACAAUGAUCAAUGCUGAAAAUGUUUUAUUUGUUGGGAGGGCUCAGAGAAAAGUUGAAAGAGAGGCAGAAUUGAAAGCUAAAUUUGAACAGGAAAGAAUAAGCAGAUAUGAAAAAUUACAAGGUGCUAAUUUAUACCUGAAAAACCUUGAUGAUAGCAUUAAUGAUGAAAAAUUAAAGGAGCUAUUUUCUGAUUUUGGAACAAUAACAUCUUGCAAGGUGAUGCUUGAUUCACAUGGCCAUAGCAAGGGUUCUGGUUUUGUUGCCUUUUCUACUCCUGAGGAAGCAAGUAAAGCUUUGAGGGAAAUGAAUGGAAAGAUGAUUGGACCGAAGCGUCUGUAUGUUGCUGUGGCCCAGCGCAAAGAAGAGAGAAAGGCUCAGUUGCAGGCUCAGUUUUCUCAAAUGCAAACACCGGGUGGAAUUGCACCUCUGCCUGUAGGAAUUCCUGGAUAUCAUCCUGGGGCACCAAGACUUGCCCCUCAACAAAUGUAUUUUGGUCAAGGUACACCUGGUCUCAUGCCACCUCAGCCAGUAGGAUAUGGUUUCCAGCAGCAACUCAUGCCAGGUAUGCGACCCGGUGUUGCUCCAAAUUUCAUUAUGCCAUACCAUCUUCAGAGACAGGGUCAGUCUGGGCAGAGGAUGAAUGUUCGACGAGUUGGAAACAUGCAACAAGUGCAGCAGAACCAUAUGCUACAUCGUAACUCCAACCAAGGGUAUAGAUAUAUUGGGAAUGGUCGAAAUGGAAUGGAUCCAUCAAUAGUUCCCCAAGGUCUAGCAGGUCCUAUGAUGCCAUUUCCCUUUGACGGCACAGGAGUUGCUGCAACUCCGAUUGAUAAUCAGGGUCCUGGUGCAUUGUCCAACACACUUGCUUCUGCCUUGGCUUCUGCUACCCCAGAAAAUCAGCAUCUGAUGCUGGGUGAACAUCUAUAUCCGCUUGUGGACCGUCUUACACCAAGCCAUCAAACAGCAAAGGUGACAGGAAUGUUGCUGGAAAUGGAUCAGUCAGAGGUAAUUCAUCUGAUUGAAUCUCCCGAAGAUUUGAAGAUAAAGGUGUCUGAGGCAAUGCAAGUCCUUCGUGAAGCCGCAUCAGGUUCUGAAGUUGGUGAUCAGCUUGGCUCAUUGUCAUUGAAUGAGUGAAAUAAUCUCAGUUGUAGUGGUAGAGAUGUUUAUUGCAUAACAUGUGGGCCAUUUUUUCUGGGCUAAAUGAGCUUUUAUUGCUUCUGGGCCUUGUGUAGCUCCAGAUUUAAUCGGGAUCUUGUUUUCUUUUUGCGGGAUUAUUGACUUUUGAGUCAGUCAAAAGGGUUUCAAGGAGUUUUUUUUGGUAGUCUUUUGAAUUUAUUUAAUUUUGGAUUGAGUUGGUAGUACAUGAUCUAGUUUAUUAGGCUUUGACAAUAUUGGUUAUUUUACCUACAUUCUUUUAAUUAUAGGAUUUUGAUAGACAUUACCUUUCCAUGUUUUAAGUUAAUUUUUGCCCCUUGUGCAUCUAAUUUAGGUUGGGGAAUUCAACACAAGUGGAU